UCUAAGAUUUGGGUUUAUUGGGUUACAGUGUGACAACAUGGCGACUGUCAUUCACAAUCCACUAAAAGCUCUCGGAGAUCAGUUCUAUAAGGAGGCCAUCGAGCACUGUCGCAGCUACAACACCCGCCUGUGUGCCGAGCGCAGCGUCCGAAUGCCGUUCCUGGACUCGCAGACGGGCGUGGCUCAGAACAACUGCUACAUCUGGAUGGAGAAGCGACACAGAGGACCAGGACUGGCUGCGGGUCAGAUGUACACCUACCCCGCCCGCUGCUGGAGAAAGAAGAGGCGACUGCAUCCGCCAAUCGAUCCUCAGCUCAGACUGUGUGAACUCAGGCUUGAAGCAGAGUUGAUGCCGAAGAGAGAAACUCCCCCGGUGGAGGCCACGGCUCUGGAGGCGCUGAUCAGAGGAGACGCCCUUCUGGACAAAAGGAGCAGCAGCUCCAAGGAGGAAGAGACUCUGCUGGAGAUUCAGAGGGUGCUCGAGGCUGAGGAAAACGGAGACGGUUUCCAUGACGACGACGACUUCGAAGUGGAGACGCCGAAGAAGAAGCAGAGAAAUAAAGGCAGGGGUCGAGGUUCGAGCCGUAAGAAGACGGAGGCGGUGACGGGUGACGAGCAGGACAAACCCUACGUGUGUGACAUUUGCGGUAAGCGUUAUAAGAAUCGGCCCGGUCUGAGUUACCACUACACUCACACACACCUGGCUGAGGAGGAAGGGGAGGAGGAGAGAGAACCUGAGAUCCCUCAAUCACCACCGGAAAUUAAGACCCAGAACCACAAGCUGCAGAAGGGAGCUGACGGUGUGAUUAUCGCUAACGACUACUGCGACUUCUGUCUUGGGGACUCUGGCUCGAACAGGAAGACGGGACAAGCCGAGGAGCUGGUGUCCUGUUCAGACUGCGGACGCUCCGGCCACCCGACAUGUCUUCAGUUCACGGAGAACAUGAUGCACGCGGUGAGGACGUACCAGUGGCAGUGCAUCGAGUGUAAAUCGUGCAGCCUGUGUGGCACCUCGGAGAACGAUGUAAGAGCUUUGAACACUCGUAACGUUCUCGUAUCGCUGGUGCGUUCUUCAAACCUGAUGAGUGUGUGUGGUGUCUCACAGGAUCAGCUCCUGUUCUGUGACGACUGUGAUCGAGGAUAUCACAUGUACUGCCUCAAACCUCCCAUGACUCAACCACCUGAAGGAAGCUGGAGCUGCCAUCUUUGUUUGGACUUACUCAAGGACAAAGCGUCUGCUUUUGGAGAACCAUAAGCACCGUAAAAGAAGUUUCCUUCUUCCAUAAGAGCAGAAUCGAGCGCCGACCUGCACAACGUUCAUCCACGUCGUCCACACAACACACAAAGCCACACACACUCCGUUCAGAAAUCUACCUCACAACAGCAACAGGAAAUACCUUUUUGAAAAUCCCGAAACCCACCAUCUGAGGAAAGGUCUUUGGUUUUAGCAUCCGCUUGAAAUCAGACUGAUGUCAAAUUAACAAGGUGCGAAUUUUUUAAUUGUUGUACAAACGUGUAUUUUAAUUCACUUCAGUAUGUCAUGUUAAUAUGUAUGAUAAAUGAUCUGUAUAAACCUUCACGCCAAAUGCUAGUCUGUUCCUGGUGUUUGUUGGUGUGUCAUAUUUUUUUUAGACAUGAUUUUGUUCGAUUUAAACUCCGCGCCCAAGGUGAAGCAGAGCUUUAAAGUGCAUAUCCUGGACCAAUUUAGUUUUUUUUUUUAAAUAUGAAAGUAUGUCCCUUGACACACUCAUCCAGAAGGGUAAUUUUGCACAAGGCCAUCUGUCUACAGCGGAAAAAAAUAAAAUAAAACGUGUCUGGAAAAAUCCCAAGGGAGUCUGGAGCCAGAAUCGUGACGUCACCUGCGGAAGCGCCAGCAGGUUUCAGUGCACAGCCUGUGUAGACCAAGUUUAGCAGCUAGCGAUUUUGCAUUGACAUAUGGAAUUGUCACCUGGGCGCAAUGUUACUUCACCUUUGGAUGAAGAAUAUAAUGAGAUGUCAGAAUUAUUUCUUACCCUGGCAACAGUCAACUUGUGAAUUGUCGAUUUUCUUGGUCUUUUUCUCGGCUCUGCUUGGUCCUCGGCUUCGAGGGCCUCAGUGGAUGCGGCACUUCGCUUUCUGUCAGGGGAGACGAACACGGCUGGCUCCUUUGGUGAUGCUGACACAGAUGGCGACAGUGUUGCUUUGGGCAUUCUGACAGAUGGAACCAGAACAUUGUUUAAGGAUUUUCCACUAGGAGACCAACUGGUCCGGGCAAUGCAAUCACAGGCCCCAGAGUCCAUGCGGCUGCACCGCUGCGGCAUAUUCUGUGAUGCAAAUUGCCGCAUUACGAAUCCUCGUUUCAGCCAGCAUAAUAUCAACAUAGUUAAUGCAGUGCCAAAUUUUCCUUGUUAAAUGUAUACUUACAUGGUACUUGGUUAAUUCAUUGCAACUGAUUGAACCAAAUGAUAAGACAUAACUUGGUUUAAAAUUUGGUCUCCCAGUGAAGCUGGUUUGGCAUUGACUAGGAGACCAAAUCUGGCCACUGGGAGACCAUUUGGUCUCCCAGUAACUAUGUUAAAAAACGCUCUGGAUGGAACUGCGUCUUUUUUCAGAUCAAGUUGCCUCGCAAAGCCCAUUUCCCACUGCAAAUAGUCCUCAAAGUCGUCAGGCCUUGUGAAGUGAGCACCGCAAAUAAUGCUGUAGUCUGUAGCAUGUAGCCAGUUUUUCCGGGUGCCUUGCACGAAGCGCUUCCAUGUCUCUCUCAUUGUCCGGUCUUUUGGGAAAUGAUGAGUACUAAUCCCAUCAAGAUUGGUGUUGCUACACCCUCCUACGAUACAUCUGUUAACCAUUUUAAUAAUUACGCGAUAACGUUGAAGAAAUUUGCAGAAAACCACCAGGUCGUUUUCUCAUAAACAAACCAGCGCUGACGUAGGAUU